AUGUUUGCGCGUAUGGCGAGCCUGAGGGCUCUCGUUCCAGUGCGGGCGCUCCUGUGGAGGGCGCCGGUGCGCAGCGUGCACCGUGCGGCCGUCCGCGAGACGCGUAUCGUGCCGCAGCUGCCCACCUUCUACUCCGCCAACCCGGCACACGAGGCACACAUGGACCGGCUCGAGGCCCUGCUGCGCAAGCACACCAAGCAGCAGGCGCGCCGCGUCGCCGUUGAGCGCACCGCCAGCGACCGCCCGCGCUGGCUCUCAUUCGACCAGUACGCCCUGAUCGGCGGCACCUCGCGCCUCAAGCCGACCCAGUACCGGCAGCUGGUCUCCGUCCUCGACCGGCUGCACGCCAUCGACCCCCAGCUGUCCAACGGCGAGAUCGCCGCGACGCUUGAGGCCUUCCUGCGCAAGUCGCGGCUCGAGGAGCAGAACGUGGUGCGCCAGGAGCUCGACCACCUCGGCCGCGCCUGCGCCGUCGGCCGCAGAAAGACGUCCAGCGCCAAGGUGUGGCUCGUGCGCGGCUCCGGCGAGGUCCUGGUCAACGGCCGCACGUUCGCCGACUACUUCAGCAAGAUCAAGGACCGCGACGCCAUCAUGUACCCGCUGCGCGUGCUGGACGCCGCGGGCAAGUACAACAUCUUCGCCGCCGUGCGCGGCGGCGGCGUCACCGGCCAGGCCGAGGCCAUCAUGCACGCCGUGGCCAAGGCCCUGGUCGUGUUCAACCCGCUGCUGAAAACCAGACUCCACCGCGCCGGCGUCCUGACGCGCGACUACAGACACGUCGAGCGGAAGAAGCCGGGCAAGCGCAAGGCGCGGAAGAUGCCUGCCUGGGUCAAGCGUUAA